AUGGUUCACCUGCCAUUCGAGAUCGUCCUUCGAGUUAUCGAUGCCUUGGUGGACUUCGGACCGACUGUGCCCGUGGCACUGCACCCAAGCGAUUGGCGACGACGGCAGCUCCAGCAGUGGCUGCUCGUGUCCAAGGCUACCAACGCAGUUGCCACUCGCUAUCUGUACAGCCAUUGCAUGUACAUUGACUCUCAGCGCACGCUGAUGUUGCUCGUUCGAACAGUCAGUCCUCCAGACAAGCGCAACGGCGACGAAGAUGGAGGCGCCGCAUCAAGUUGCAAGUAUCUGUCGUACAUCACAAGCAUGUACCUCGCCCCGCUCUCCUCGAAGCUGGACGACUUGCCCGCUGCCAUUUGGAUCUUCGAGCUAUUGUGUCUUGUCUCGCCGUAUCUCAAACGUCUGACUUUUGACCUGCCGUUUGGCAGUCUCUCUGUGUCUCACGAUCAUCUUGGCGUGUAUCGCUACCUACGAGACGGGCUCGCGCGUUUGGAAAGACUGGAGGAACUGGUGUAUAUGAGGGACAUCUGGCAUCUUGCCGAAGGGUGGACGAUUGACAAUCCGCUAUUUUGGUGGAGCAGAUUUCGCGGCCUUAAAAAACUGGCGAUCCCGUGGCCUACAUGGCCUGACUGGUGUAAACUAUUUCUCUCCAUCCUCCAACGUGCGCUCCCUGAUCUCCAGCAUCUGAUCGUUCUACGAACCUUGCCGAAGCUGCAACAGGUGCAUGCUUCGCAUAUCGACUGCUUUUUGAAGAUCGACAGGCCCUAUACGCUUAAAGUCGUUCAGCUGUAUGCCGAAUCGGACGUGGGAGCAGAGGAAAUGCAGAGCCACCAUCCGCUAGUAGAACGUGGAGCAAACGUUGAGCUGCACUCGCUGCCUGGGCUGACUGCAGAUGAAGAUAAUUUUGAGAAUUCACGGCUAGACGUUGCGGACUUCGCCCUGGCUGCUGCCGUCGAAGGCACACUGUGGCACCUCCCAACGAUCCCGAACCAUGUUUGA